UUUUAGAAGAACGUCUGCAAUUGCAAUAUAGUUUUACUUGCAGGCUCCAAAGAUAUUGAAAAUCUUUUUUUUAAGUCUCUAAAGCAUAUAUCGUAAACAUAGAAAAUGGAUGAAUGUAAUGUCAUUAUUGACGAGUUGAAACCUACAGUGCUUUAUAUUUGCGGAAUUUGUGGUUCUGAUGUUGAACUACGUCCAACGGACCCUGUUCGCUGUCGUGAAUGUGGUUACCGUGUUUUGUACAAAAAACGCAUUAAAAAUUAUAUUUACGAGGCUCGCUAAAGUUGUUACAUGGACAUCAUAGAUUAAAUACUUUCGUAUUUAUUACAAAAUGUAGUACAAUGUAGUACAGAACAACUGACAAAUAUUGCUUAAUAAAC